AUGUUGGCUUUGGAGCUUGUGUUGGUUGUGGGGGUUGUGUUAGUUGUCGAGGUUGUUAGGGUUGUGCUGAUUGUAAUGGUUGUGGAGGGUGGUGGUUGUUUUGAUUAUGGAGAUUGUCUGGUUGUGGAGGUUGUGAGGGUUGUGUUGGUUAAAUGGUAGUGGAGGGUGUGUUGGUUGUGGAGUUUGUGAAAGUUGUGCUGGUUGUGUUAGUUGUGUUAGUUGUGUUGGUUAUGGAGGGUGUGUUGGUUGUGGUGUGUGUGUUUUGUUUGUGAAGGGUGUGUUGGUUGUGGUUGUGUUGGUGGUGGUACUUGGGUCGGUUAUGGAGUUUUCGCCGGUCGUGAGAUUAUGCUGGCUAUGGUGGUAAUGUGGGAAUUGUGUUUUUUGUUUUGGUUGUAAAGGUUUUGAAAGUUGUGAUUAUAGUUGUCGAGGUUUUGGUGGUUGUGAGGGUUGGGUUAGUCGGCUGGGUGUGCUGAUUGUGGAGGUUGGGAGGGUUGAGGUGCUUGUGGUGGUUGUGAGAAUUAAG